AUGUCUACGGUAAUACUCUCUGACCGACUAACAGGAUACUCGUGGGACUACUACCUUAAGGACCGUACAACAGAGACGCUCCUCGAGGUAUUCGAUCUCUUCAUGGCCAUGAUGAAGACGCAAUAUAAUAUACAGGUCAAAGUCUUCGAAUGUGACCGCGAGGUUGCAACGAUUCAUCAGCAAGUCGCCACUCACCUUCAAUCUCAAGUGGUGUUUCGCGGCCCAGAUCUCGGGAAGCCUCAUCAAGCCCACCUUCGAGCGUACGGCUGCAAAGUGUAUGCGCUCACAACAGACGCACAGCUGGGCAGGAAUAAGUCGAGAAAGCUUCAACCGAGAGGAUGGAUAGGCUACCUCAUUGGGUACAGUACUAGCAACUCCUACCGCGUGUGGAAUCCGCUUACUGCCCGCGUUAUCACAACGCGAGACGUUGUGUUCAGGGAAACCGAGUUCUUUAAUAGAGAUAUCAACGAGCUGCGGGAUGACCUCAAAGACCUCGACGUGAACGAGCUCAACGCUCUUCUCGCGCGACUAGAGGUCUCGCCCACAGGGAUAACAUCUCCAGAGUACGCACACACCGCAGACGAAGAAGUCGAUGAAGUCCAGUACAUUGAAGACGAAGAGGCACAAGAAUACACCGCACCGCCGUCGCCUAAGUACGUGGAGUCACGAUUCGAACUCAAUACACCACCGCGGACGCCACCCACCUCGUUCUUCGCAGGCCUUGAGGAGGCACUCGGAGUGAAGGGGUGGAGGAAGAGACGUGCUUCGAUCGCUCCUGAGGCGGUUCAUGCACGCGAAUCGAUCCACGAAGAGUUUCCAAUUACCACUCCGCGUACCUCCUGGCAAGCCGCUUUCCUCGGCAGCACUAGAACGGGUAGAAAACGAGUGAAGAUGAAGCAAAAGGCGAAGAACGCCGAUACCAGCCUGGAAGCGGUAGCCCGUGUCAGGUGA